AUGCCCAACCCGCAAGGCAAAAACGGGAGAGGUGUUGUUAGUCAUGCAAUCAUAAGACCGCUUGUAGAGCAGUAUGUUGCCAAUGGUUACAGCAAUCAAGAGAUCAUCUCUCGUCUUCGGGCACACCAGGAGACUAGCAAGUUCAAUAUAUCACUGAGCCUCUUGAAAAAGCGACCACACACAAUUGAAAGCAUUGGACCUGCCAUCGAGCGUGUUCGUCAACGGUUCCCCAAACAGGGCUCGCACGACAUGAAGCAAACCCUUAGGCAAGAGGAACAUAUCAUGGUUCCAAGAGACUUAAUACUGCGGUACAUGAACCUUCACCAUCCAGAUGAAGUUCAGCGCCGGAAGAGUCGCCGGCUCAAACGCAGCACUUUUUGGACUGCAGGUCUUCACGACAUUUGGGUUUUUGACCAACACGACAAGUGGCGUCGUUUUCAGCUCUUCCUACAUAUCUGGUGGACCAAUCACAAUCCACGCUUGAUCUGUGGCUGGUAUUGUGACACGGUCCAAAGCCUUGGAGCUAUGCCUCUCGUUACCCAAAGCGAUCCGGGCACAGAGAACAACGGGAUUGCGAACGGUCACACCAUGCUUCGUCAUCUUCAAGAUCCAGGUCUAGCACGCACCCUGCAGCACAAGUUCAGAGGCGACCAUCGCAAUAUAAAGCCAGAAAUUUUCUGGAGCCAAUUGCGCCUACUUGUAUUUCACUUUGUUUUCAUUCCGUGGCUCCAGCAUGAGCUCGAUCUUUUUGCCGAUAAGUUCAACAACACUAAACCCCGCUUCAACAUGCACAAAAUCCUACCACAUGGUCGCCCCAAUGAUAUCUUCGAUUGCCCUGAGAAAUUUGAUUGUCGGGACUUCUCUGUGAUCGUCGAUAAUUCCUCACUUGAGGAGGUCCGGAAAACAUACGCUCCUUCCGAUCACCCCGUUUUUCUCUUGGUACCCCAGGAAUUCUCCCAGCAGGCUACGGCAUUCAUGUCUGAGCUCGGUCAUACUGUACUGACUCGUGACAAUAUCUGGGACGUGUAUUCAGGUCUUCUUAUGUGCUUUCGAGCCAUUGAAGGCGAGGAUCCCAUUCGAAGUGUCAUCACCGCACAGCCAAAGAUCCCAUGCGACGGUGAAAAACUAAUUGGGUCUGAGGAGAUGGAUGUUCUGGAUUUACCGCCAUUUGUUGAAGGGGCUGGAUAUCGUGUACCCACUGGUGAAUCUGCGGCAGUCAACUCAUCAGAUGAAGAGUCUGACUUCUACGAUCAGGCUCAGUCGGUCGGUCCAGUGCAUCGAAGGGCUAGCUAUCAUGCUACAGGAUCUGGGAAGACAGACACCUUUAUUUGA